AUGACGCCUUGGACCAAAUACAAUGCAGAACCGGCCUUGAUAGGGUCUUCGCCACACCAUUUUGGUCCAGCCUGGCUCAAAAACAGGCUUUCACAUUCGCUUGCGGCUGUCAAAGCAGCGAGUAUCCUGAAUCCCGUUUACCGGGAAGAAAUGGCCGCCGAGGACGGAACAGCCCCCCUCGACGAAUCCUUCGCGGAGACGAUCGACUUGCUCGGACGAACAUUCCAAAGAUAUGCCGUAACGAACGGCAUUUACUUCGCGCCCAUAGAUGAGGACGAAAUCUCGCGACUGGAGCUUAUGCACUCGGUGCUCUCCAUGGUAUUCGAUGAUCGACUCAUAUUCCCUCCUGUACACGCUCCAGAACGGAUCCUUGACUGCGGAUGCGGAGCCGGCGACUGGGCCAUAGAAGUGGCGGAACACUUUCCAGAAUCCGAGGUGCUCGGUAUCGACAUUAGCCCGCACAUGAUACCGGAAGACCUGCCGAACAAUCUCGAGAUCCAGAUCGAUGACCUCAAUGGCCGGUUCACGUUUCCAACCGACCACUUCGACGUCGUUCACAGCCGGUUGAUGGCUGGCGGGAUCCAUUCGAACCGGUGGCGAAGCUAUGUGCAAGAUAUAUUUCGAGUCCUCAAGCCAGGCGGCUGGUGCCAAAUGGUGGAAGUAUACUUCAACGCGCAGUCAGACAACGGCACGCUGGAAGAAGAUAAUGCCCUUUCCCGCUGGUCGAGCUUGUACUUGGAGUCCAUGCACCCUCGGAAGGACCCCAGGGCAGCCCUACAGCUACCAGGCUGGAUGCGAAAUGCAGGCUUCACAGAGGUCGAAUCCCGAUUGCUCACCCUGCCCAUGUGCGGAUGGUCCAACGUGCCCCGGGACAGCGCCAUUGGGACGGCGAAUACGGAAAAUGUAGCCCAGCUACUAUACUCGAUGGCCGUGUAUCCCGUAACCCAAUGGACGGGGACGUCUGCCCAAGACUUUGGGGCUAUGGUCGAGGAGGCGAGCGCCGAGGCGAGUAAUGCUUCGUUCAAGGCCUAUUUUCCAUUAUACGUUUGCAUCGGUCGCAAACCUCAGCGAUAG